CCCAAACAAGAUACAAAUGUUCGCAGUAGUAAUUCCAAUUUUAUUGCAAUGAAGUUUCUGGGAGUUUCAAUUUCAUUUUUGCUGUUAAUCAAAUAUGCACGUAGUGGCUUUGAUGAAGGUCAACCAUGUUCAGACAAGAAUACAGCAUACUUAACAGAUGAGCUAAAGAUAUUACCAGAAAUCCUAAUCUACUGCGUUGAUGUUACGGAGAUUAAGAUUAAGGUGGUUGGAAAUGAUAAUCAAGAUAUAGCCUUUUCUAAUAUAUCCCAAACAGCUGAGAUAAUUCACUCAGAUGCUAAUGGUAUCUCAGUAUAUAAAAACACAAAUACAAAUACAAAUACAAAUACAAAUAAAAAUACAAAUUCAAAUACAGAUACAGCUACAAAUGCAAAUGCAAAAACAAAUAUAAAUAUAAAUGAUAAUAAAAAUAAAAAUCUAAAUAUAAAUAAAAAUAAAAAUACAUUCACAUAUACAAAUGCAAAUAAAAAAACAAAUACAAAUACAAAUGAAAAUAUAAAUAUAAAUGAAAAUUCAAAUGAAAAUACAAAUACAAAUAUAAAUACAGAUACAGAUAAUACAAUUACAAAUAAAAAUACAAAUAUAAAUUCAAAUACAAAUAAAAAUACAAAUAUAAAUAAAAAUAUAGAUAAACAUGCAGAUAAAAAUACAACUACAAACACAAAUGCAAAUACAAAUACAAAUAAAAAUAAAAAUACAAAUAUAAAUACAGAUAUAUACACAAAAAAUACAAAUAAAAAUGAAAAUAAAAAUGAAAAUACAAAUGAAAAUAAAAAUGAAAAUUCAAAUGAAAAUUCAAUUGGACCUAAAAUUAAAUUACAAAUAUAAAUACAAAUACAAAUACAAAUACAAAUACAAAAGGUCAACAUCUUGGUCUUCUUUCGAAUUUUCGGACUGUUUGAAUUAAAAAAAAAUCGUUGUAUAAACAUACUAGUAAAUACAUUUUAUAAACACG